AUGCACCCGGAGAUAAGCAAGUUCCCCCUCUCGAGGUUUUACCUCGGUAAGGUGACAGAUGGCUCCAACGUCCUCCAAAGGGAUUACGAGAGGAAGCUCCUGGCUGGCCCAAUGUACGGCCCCUACUCGUUCAUCGACAUCAAAGGCGGGACCGAGAGCUCGGGCGAGCAUGACAUGAGCCUGAGCGACGCGGCCGAGGCAGCCGCCGUGACCCGGAUCGUGGAGAGAUUGUUCAAUGAGUCGGUUUGCUCGGGACAAAAGCUAGCCGUAGGCGUGGUGUCGCCCUACAAUGCGCAAGUCCACGCCAUCCAGGAGAGGCUCGGAAGGCUCGAGUGCGGGGCACACGGCGAUGGAGAAGGCUUCUCCGUGAAGGUUCGGACCGUGGAGGGGUUCCAGGGCACCGAGGAGGACGUCAUCGUCUUCUCUGCCGUGCACAGCAACGGCAACGGGUCGGUCGGGUUGCUGGCCGACUGGAGGCGCACGAACGUGGCGCUCACCCGGGCAAAGUGA